AUGCCGCCAUCGGGCAAGCGCACCCAGCGCGGGCGCCGCGACCUUCGCAAGGACAAGGAACUCGUCGCAGACCUCGAGAGCUCGUCGCCCAGCCGUCCCGCAAAGCGGCGCAAGAGAGCUUCCUCGCCCGACCAGCCCGACUCCGUCCCGGCCGACGCUCCGUCGCAGGCGCCCGAAGCUUCAUCGUCGCCCAGAGCCGAUGACGACCAGCUGGUGGCGCAGGUGACGCAGCAGCUCCGAACACAGCCGGUCCAGGCGAGCAAGGACCAUUCCAACGCCAUCCACGAGGCCAACGGCGACGGCGUCAAGGCAUAUGCAAAGAUCGCGGCGCAGGACUGGACCUUUUACAUCACCAAGCUCAACGUCAAUAUCGGGCGCGCGCCGGAACCCUCCCACGGCGGGCCGACCAGCAGUGAAAAUGCGGUGCACAUCGACCUCGGCCCGGGCAAGAUGGUGUCGCGCGAGCAUGCGACCAUCUCGUUCAACUCCAAGGACGAGAUCUGGAUGCUCUACGUCAAGGGUCGCAACGGCGCCAAGGUGGAUGGCCAGACAAUCAAGCCGCAGACGUCGCAUCCUCUGACGAGCGGAGAGGUCGUCGAGAUUGGCAACGUCGAGAUGAUGUUUGUGCUUCCGUCAGAGCUCAGUGCGCUUCACGUCCAUCCCACCUUUCUCCAGCGGUGCGGACGGGCUGUUGAUGCACCAAAGGCUGCGCAGCCUCGCCAGUACGGGCCGGGCACACCAGCCAAAGUAGAUGUAAAGCGGCCCGGGACGCCGACGUCAUCGCAGGACCAUAGCACGGCGACGAUUGUCAAGUCUCCCGUUCCGGCGAGCACUCCGGGAGGUCUUCUUGGAGCCAGCGGUGUAGAUCUUAGUCUCGAUGACAACCAGCACAUCAAGCCCCAGUACAGCUAUGCCCAGAUGAUAACGCAGGCCAUUCUUAAUGCGCCCGAUGGCAAGCUCAACCUGAAUGGCAUCUAUAACUUCAUUAUGAACAGUUAUUCCUAUUAUCGCCACCAGCAUGCGGCAGGUUGGCAGAAUUCUAUUAGACACAACCUGUCGCUUAAUAAAUCCUUUGACAAGGUCGCUCGGUCUACCGACGAACCUGGAAAAGGAAUGAAAUGGCACAUCGUUCCCGAGACCCGGGACGAAAUGCUCAAUUACAUUACCCACGGCCCAAAAGAUAUCCUGGCCCGGGAUCCCUCAUCUGCGCAAAAGCGGCGAGGAUCGUCGCUGGUAUCGCCCCCCCCUCAGUCGUCCCUCCGCGCCAUACAGUCAACGCCGGAUCGCGGAUAUGGUCGACAGACGGACCGGAGCUCGGCCUUGACUGCAGACGGAAGCCCUUUACCCCGAGCGAGAAAAUCGACCGCGGGCGACUCGUCUUUUUCUGGCUUUCAUCCUCAGUCGCCAACCUUGACGUCGUCGUACAUGCAAGAUGAUAACGCAUCAUUCAUUACGCCGGCGCCGCCGAGAGUCCAUCCCAAGCUGGCACCUCCAAGCACUGCACAGCGACCCAGCCAGCACAUGCCGACCAGCUCACCGGCGCCCUUUUGGAAGUAUGCCGACAUCGGCAGCACGCCGUUGAAGCCGCCAUACGAAAUCAGUCCUUCGAGGGUUGCUGGAGAGGGGCGUCCUCCAAGCAGUAGCCCGCCUGCGGCCGGCAAGUCACCGCCAAGCAGUCCAUCUCGACCACAGAAAUCUGGCGGACAAGAACCUAAGGAUGCUGCGGAUGAGCCCGAGGAUGAGCAAGGGUUUGAUUUGAUGAAAAUAUCGUUAAGGGGUUUUCAGAGUAUUGGCGCGUACCACGCUCCGGUAGAGAGAGGCGUUCCCAUCGGCGCCGCCUUGAAGGGCGGUUCAUGA